AUGGAGAAUUUGGAGAUUGUUCAGAAAGUUGGAGUUGUUUUGGUUUGUGUGUAUUUAUCAUGGAGGAUCAUUAGAUACAUUUGGAGCUUUUUGGAUGUUGAAAAAGAUCCUCUUAUUGUGCUUGUUACUGGAGCUGCAGGCCAAAUAGCCUAUGCCCUAUUUCCAAUGAUCGCAAAAGGGGCAAUGUUAGGUCCAGAUCAACCAGUAAUUCUACACAUGCUUGAUAUUGAGCCUGCUGGUGACAUCUUGAAAGGGGUAAAAUUGGAACUAAUGGAUGGAGCAUUCCCUCUUCUCAAAGGUGUUAUUACCACAACUGAUGUUAUUGAAGCUUGUAAAGGUGUCGAUAUUGCAAUCAUGCUUGGUGGAUUCCCUCGUAGAAAAGGAAUGAGUAAUAAAGAUUUAAUAUCCAAGAAUAUCGGUAUAUACAAAGCUCAAGCUUCAGCCUUGGAACAACAUGCAGAUACAAAUUGCAAGGUUCUUGUGGUUGCUAAUCCUGCAAAUACGAACGCGCUCAUCUUGAAAGAAUACGCGCCUUCAAUCCCCGAAGAGAAUAUCAUAUCCCUCACAAGACUUGAUCAUAAUCGCGCGUUAAACCAAUUAUCUGAGAAUCUAAAUGUUCAUGUUGGUGAUGUAAAAAAUGUUAUUAUGUGGGGAAAUCACUCCUCAAACCAAUAUCCAGACGCUAAUCAUGCUAUGGUCAACAUUGGUGUUGGACAUAAAUCCGUGAAAGAACUUGUUACCGAUGAUAAUUGGUUGAACACGGAGUUCAUAACAAAUGUGCAACGAAGAGGUGAAGUUAUAAUAAAAUCUAGAAGGUUGUCUAGUGCUUUAUCAGCUGCAAGUGCUACGUGUGAUCAUAUGCGUGAUUGGAUUCUUGGUACUCCCAAGGGAACAUGGGUGUCGAUGGGAGUUUAUUCGGACGGGUCGUAUGGUAUCCAACCGGGGCUAAUUUACUCGUUCCCUGUCACUUGUGAGAAAGGCGAAUGGUCAAUUGUUCAAGGGCUAAAGAUUGAUAAGUUUGCAAGGGAGAAGAUGGAUGCUUUAGAAAAAGAGCUCAUUGAGGAAAAAAACUUUGCCUACUCAUGCCUCCAUUGA